CCCUGAUACAGAUAUAACCGUCGUCUUGUCAUUAUCAAAAAUUGCAAUGAUUUCAUCCUAACAUACUGUCUAAGUAGCAUAUCUUCCAUUUUUUAGCCGCUCAAAUGGCCUCCCCCAGGGCAACGAAUCUACCGACGCAAGAUGACAUCGAUACAAAAUCUAUAGUGUCUAUGCAGGAAUUGGACCCAUCCCCGGUGGAUGAGACUUUCCCGGAUAUAUCUUCUGAAGACUACACAAGCAAAUAUGAACCUCCGUCGGGGCGUCAGAAUCUCGGAUGGUCAUUAGGUCUGCGCGGUCAGAACUGGGAUUCAUGGUUGUCUGCACUCCAGAGGUACUCGACAUACCCUCCUAUCUUCUUCGCUGCGCUACAUUUCACAAACACCUCGCUCAUUCCCAUAGCGACUCGGUCUGUUCCCGAAAGCGAUAACUACCUUCUUCUCACAAGGCCGAUCUAUCAAUCUCCCUCGCUUGAAAAUUUCAUCUUGACUAUUCCUAUCCUAACACAUAUUGCAUCCGGGAUUGCUCUCCGCAAUAUUCGCUCUUCACGUCGUGCGCGUCUCUAUGGCGCCGAGACACGAGACCAAAGAUAUGCGCUCAGUUUCUGGCCCCGAAUGAGCUUACAAGCACGCUUAGGGUAUGUGUUUGCCCCGCUGCUUGCUACUCAUGUCCUUGUCAAUCGUGUCGUGCCGGUGAUGGUUGAUGGAGGAAGCUCAAGCAUCAGUUUGGGCUUUGUCGCCCACGGAAUAGCACGGAGCCGUGUUUUUUGGGUCACAUACUACCAUAUUUUUGUCUUUGUCGGGGUUUACCAUAUUCUCGGGGGUUUGGCGUCGUUGAUGGGCUGGAGGAUCACCACUGCUCGGAAAACUCGAGGUAGCAGAAAGGGCGUAUUAGAAGGUGAUCUUGGACACACGGAAAGCGAUCAGCAUAUCAGGAGACGAAAGAAAAUGUGGUGGAAUUUUAACAAGAUCGCUACACUGGGAGCCUGCAUCUGGCUUGCUGGCGCACUGUGGAUUGUUGGAAACGGUGGAGAGGGUUUGGGAUGGGAGGCGAAACGCUGGAAUGAGAUAUAUAGCCAGGUGCCUAUCAUUGGAAACUGGCUGUAG